AUAGAUAAACGAUUCCCCACCUCGCCACCAUAACCAUGGCGCCGCCGCCUCAACGAUACUGCUGCUGCACGGCGGCCAGCAGUCAGCAGUUCAGCACUCAUUUUAUUAACACUACUACCAAAUAGUAUUUGUUAACACUUCGACUGUCGUCAUGUUUGGAUUCGAGAUUAUAAUGUAGUGUCGUUCGAUUAUUUUUCGUCACCGUUUUUUUCCCUGUCCCCUAUCCCCAGAAGACCAUUUUUGUGUCGACACCAAUCAAAUACUUCGUUACGCGAGUUCCAACCCUCUUCGCGUGUUUGAAGUGUGCUUUACUCCGGAACAGCUACCGACGCACGGGACGUCGUGAACCGCGGUAAAAUCGCGCACGUCUCGGUGGUUCCCGCGUGCAUCAAAGAAUAAUGUGCGGUGAAGCAACUGCAGCAGCGGAUCGACGGCGAAGGCAACGAUUACAGGUGAGUGCGAUGAUGCGUUCUAUAAGGGUUGUAAAUAACGAACGUAUUGUGUACGGUCGCCACGGGUAGAAUCCUGUGUGUAGGCGGUUUUAACGUUUUAUUGAUUCUUUCGUAAACUUUUUGUUGGCAUUUUUAUGUUUCCCCUGUUUUAAUAAGACAGCUUUCGCUCUAAUGAUGCCCUUGAAUAUUUUUCACUUCACAGGAUGAUUGGCGAGGAUAGCGUUUCUUUAAAAAAUCGACAUUGGAGAUAAAUAAAAAAAAAUUAAAAGUACUUGACAAUGAAUUUGCAAGAAGUAAACACAACGACUGCUCAAAUCCAAGGUAAAAAAAGCCUUUUAAUUUUGGAAUCUAGAGAUCCUAACGUUUUUAUAAUAUGUGUAUAUACAGGUAACUACAGUUGUUUUGAUGGCGGAGGUUGUGUCAAUGACACGGUAUGGUCACCCUAUAAAACCGUGCUGGACUCUAUCACCAUAGCUUUGCUCAGUCCAACGUGUUAUUCCACUAUAUUCAACCAUCCUUAUUUUCAUUUUUCACACGCCAUCAUGUUUAUUUGCUACAUGCUGCCAUUCGGAUCACCCUGCCAAUUGGUCCUUCUCAUCCGCAUUGGCUUAGCCGGUGCUACCACCAUUAUGGCGUUGUGGGCUAGAAGUCUUGAAUGUUGGGUAGUAAGCCUAUUGUGGAAUGCUGCUUCAGCUAUUGUUAACAUCAUACAUAUAUGUGUGCUAUUUUAUCAGCUUAGACCUAUCAAAUUUAACGAUGAAUUAGAACAAGUAAAAUACAAAUUUUAAACUAAACAUUUGAAAAUUAUUUAGAAUUUUAUUAAAUUUGUUAAAAAAUGUUUUCAGGUCUAUAAAUCGCUUUUCUGUCCUCUAAAAGUUAGCCGUAAACAAUUUAGAAAAAUAAUUUCUUGUAUGAAAAUGAUAAGGCCUCUAAAAACCCUUGAAAUAUUUGCUGAAGAAAAAGUAACAAGAGUUGAUAGUUUAUCAUUAGUGCUUUCAGGAAAGUAAGUGCAAUUUAAAGUUUUGUUUUAAAUAUUAUUUGAUUAAUGUUUGAAAAUUAAACUUAACUUUGGAGUUCAAUAUUUAUAAUACAAUAUCCUUAAUAAUUAAUAAUUAUUAAUUUAUUAAUAUUUUGAUGAUUCAUAAUGAAUAAAUGUAUAUAAUAGUUGUAUAAAUCAAUAAUUAUACAACAAAACAAUACACUUAUCUAAAAUAUUAAUAAUUAUAGAGCAGCCAUAGUAAUUUAUCAAAUUAUUUUAACAAUAAAUAUACCUAGGUACAUUACUACAUUUCAAACCAAAAUAAAAACUAAGUUAUUAUUUUUUAUAAGAUUUUUAGUAAAAAUUCAAUUAUUAUCAAUACUAUUUUAUGAAAUUUUAGAUUAAAUUUAUUUUAAAUUUUGAUACUUACUAAAAAUAAUCAAAAGUACCUAUGUAUUUAUUUCAAUAUUUAUGGUAUGUUUUAAAUGUAAAUACUCUUAUGGCAAUUUUUAAAAAAAAUUAAAAUCUAAUUGUUUUAUAUAAUUAUUCAAUUUAUGUAUUAACCUUUAAUAAUGGUACUGCUAUAUUAAAUUAUUACUAUUUAUAUUAAUAUUACUUAAUAAAAAUUAUAUAUUUGGUGUUAUGUUAAAGAUUAGUAAUAUCACAAAAUGGUAAUGCUUUGCAUAUUGUCUUCCCAUAUCAGUUUCUUGAUUCUCCAGAGUGGUUUGGUGUAUCUACUGAUGAAUUCUUUCAAGUAUUAAAUAUAAUUACCUAUAUAAUUAUUUAAUUAUUUAAUUAUAAUAUUAUUUAUUUAGGUAUCAGUUACAGCUGUCGAAGAUUCCAGAGUAUUACUAUGGCAUAGAGACAAAUUAAGAUUGUCAAUAAUCACAGAUCAGUUUUUAUACACUAUAUUUGAUCACAUUCUUGGUCGAGAUGUUGUAAAAAAACUUAUGCAGGUAUAUCGUGUAAUAUUAACAAUGUAACAAUAAUAUAAUAAGUAGAGCCCGGAUUUUAUAUUUUUUAAAAUAUUUUAUAUUUGAUUUAGAUGGCCCGAAAAGUAGUUAAAUAAGUUACAUGUUUGAAUUAUCAAUGGAUCUAAAAUACAAUGUUUUAUUAUUUUUGCUUAUUUUUUAAUAUUUUACUAUUUUUUUGACUUGUACUGCAUAUUUCUGUAUUUUAUAAUUUUCCAUUGCAUAUAAAUGAUUUUGAAAAAUAAAGAUAGAAUUAAAAAAAUUUUGUAUUUGAGUUUAUAUUUUAUUUUAAAGGGUAUAUUUCUAUAAAAUAAAAGCAUAAAUUAAUAUUUCAUUGUGCAUAUUUUUUAGGUUUUUAGAACUUAUAAAUCCGGGCUCUAAUUGUAACUAUUACUAGUGUAGUAAGGAAUGUAUUGGCUAUGCUAUUAAUUUGUUUGUGUGAUAAAAGCUUUUCAGCCAGAAACCUUGCUCCAAUCAUCAACUGUAGCAUCUUUUCUAAAAGUAAAUUUUGCCCAGUUGGUGCAUUGAAAAAGUAAUUUUUCAAAUAUUUAUUUUGAUUUUUAUAAUAAUUAGGAAAAAUCAAGGCAAUGUCCAUAAUUAUAGUUUUAUUAUUUUCAAUAUUGAUUUUUUGUUGAGCUAAAAUGUUUAUAUGAUAUUUAUAUUUAUAUUUAUUAGCCUUUACUGGACAUGGUAUUUUCAAAAUAUUCUGGCAAUUUUUGAAAUAUUUUUAAAAAUUAAAAAUUGUUUAGGACCAGCAAAUAUACUAAACAAUUUAACAUAAGGUGCACCUCAGGUCAGUUGAAAUGAGUUCAACUACUGGUGGGUAUGCCACUUUUGUAGGUGAAAAAUUGAGAAGGUAGGAUAUUAAAGUUAUUUAAUUUACAUCUGUACAUCAUACAACUUUGCAAACGAAAACAAUUCUGAACAAAAUUUGAUUAUAUAAUUGAAAUGUUGUAAUUUUAAAUUCUGAGUAGAGCAAGGAAUGUAUUGGUUUUACAAUAUUUAUUUUUAUUUUUUUUAUGUGAACACUGUCUACCAGAAAAUUUAAUUCUAUUAUUAAAUAUAGCACCUUUUCUGAAUGUAAAUUAUCUCUUGGUGGUACUUUUAAAAAGUUAAAUUCACAUUAAUAUUCAAGAUACUGAGGAUAAUCUGGUUCUUUAGAUGUAAAAAGAUUGAAAGAUUAAAAGUAAAAUUGCCAUUGGCAACAGUUUUUAUUUAUUUUUUGUUAUUAUUAAAUUUUUAUUAUUUUAAUCUUUUUUAAACAAUCAUUGUUAUCAUGGAAACGCACAUUGUUUAAAUCAUUUUACCAUAAUAUGGCUUAUAUAUUGUUGACAAAGCAACACUCUGAACUCUGCUCAGAAUCGUUUUUCAGUAGCAAUGGUUUAUCAUUGCUUACAAAUAUACAUAUUAAAUUCCCAUCUGUAUCCUACCUUCUCAACUUCCCACCCACAACAGUAGCUGCGUCCAUGUGUGGAGUAUGUACGUCCUUUUUACAUAUUUUUUUUUAUCAAAAGUUGAAUCUUCAUAUACUUAAAAUUAAACUACUACAGUAUAAUAAUAAACUUCUUUAUUUUACUGCCAUGUUUCUUAUUAUAAUAAACUUCUCAUUAAACUUUCAAGUAUUUUUGUUCAGUUAAACAAUUUUAUCCUCAUUAAACCAAUAUAAUUGAUAAUAAUAACUAAAAAAGAAAUUACUUUUGGUUUUUCCCAAUUAUUAAAGUUAAUGCUUUUAAUGUUCAAAUUUUAAUGAUAUUGAAAAAUCACAUCAAUUUAAAAAAAUGUUAAUCGAAAUACAUUCUGAAUUGUUUUUUAACAAUGAUUUAUCUUUGUACACCACUGUAUUUUAAAUUACUCUAUUUAUCUUUCUUCCCUACAAUAGUGGCAUACCCGUUAGUAACAUUAACUUUUUUUUAACUAUUUAAAAAAUAGUAUUGAAUUUGUAUUAUUUCAUGUGAUGCUGUUCACUUAGUUGGUAUAACAUUAUAUAUAGAAUAAUUGUUUUUUCUUUAACUGGUUUUAGGUAAGUGAAACUAUGUCUAACGGCCAUUUACCAAAUCAGUGGUAUGAAGGUGAAGAAGCUGAUAUAAUAAAUAAUGUGAAUGAUGAAAAACAAACAGUUCUUUAUUUGAAACGUAAUGGUGAUGGACAAGCUGGAAUUGAAACAAUAUUAAAAAGAGAGCUUCAAGGUAUGUACUUUCAAAUAUAUAUAUAUAUAUAUAUAUAUAUUGUAUUCUGUUAAUAUAUGUGUACCUAUUCUUAAUAUUUUGCAUAAAAAGUUAGCUUUAAUGUAAUAUAAUGUAUCGCACUGAGUACAGUUUUGUAAAAUAUUAUAUACAUUUAUAUUAUUAAAAUAAGAAUUCCAACAUUAAAGUCAAAUUUCGUCUAAUAGAAAUAUUCUUUGCAAAACAAUAAAUAACUGAAUACUAUAGUAAUACAUUACAAUACUAUACUUUAAAAAAAUAUUGUAGUAGGGGUUAAAAGUUAAAACCUUCAAAAGGCACAUUAUUGAUACUAACACCAUGCAUAUACAAAAUUGUAUCCUUCUAGCUUCAUUUGGGUAGUCUAUUAGUGUGCACAAAGCUAUAUAGAACACCCUUCACCUAGAAAAAUGGUUAAAUUCACAUUGAGUUCAACCCAACUUUAACCAAUCUACCUACAAAACAAAAUUCUUGAAUUUCAAUUAAUUUAGUCAAAAGGGAGUUGCUAGAAAUAUCCAAAACUAGCAGGAAAAUGAUAUAUAUAUACAAUUCACUAUAAUCUAUUUCUGGAAAAAAUUUGACAAAAAAAAAUUCUUCUUUAAGUUAGUUAUAUUAAUAAUAUUAACCUAUGGCCACAAUAUUUUUAAUUUAAACAUUUUAAUCAUAGUCUUCAUCAUGACAAAUUAAAAUUGUUAUAUUUACAAAUGUUAUCGUAGUUUUUUAUUGUAUAUAGGCUCUAAGUUUUCUAAUAAAAAAAAAAAAAAAAAUAAAGUAAAAAUCAGUUUACAAGGAAAAAAACAAAAUUUAAUUAUUUAAUAACUAUAUAUUGAAUUAUAAUAACAAGAUCUAAUACUCUAAAACUCAUUGGUUUUAUUUUUCUUAAUAUUUAAAUUAUUUUUAUUUUUUAUGCUCCAAGAAAUAAUGUAAUAAGUGUAAUUAAUCAUACAUUAAGACUUAGUGUAUACCACAAAAUUAAUUAAUUGAAUGAUGUCAUAUUGCACAAUAAUUGUGUUAAUUUGUAUUUUCUAUUUUGCUACUGAAAAUGCCAGUUCUCAACUUGUAAAACUAUGCAAAACGGAUCGAUCUUCAUUGGAAUAGUACAUUCCUUAUCAAACAGAAUACAGUUUUAAUUUACAAUUAUUAAUUGAUGUUAAAAAAUAUGUUAUGCAUACAUUUAUUCAAUUAGCUCAAUCUAUUCAAUGCCGUAAUGAGCAAUAAAAUAAAAUUACCCAAUGCAGAACUUAAAUUGUGGCAUUUAUAUUAAAUUACAUGUUUAUUGGUCCCAUAUAGUUUUUUAUAAAAUAUAGAUUAGUAAUAUUUUAUUUUAUACAUAGUAAUAGCUUUAGUUAUUUUAUUACAAAGACUAAAAGUAUACUAAUAUUUUACUUUGAUUAAUGGUUCAGAAUCCAUACAUUCCCUAAUUCAUCUGUGAUUGCAUCGGUGGUGGCAUUACUGAUAGCACCACAAAAUAUUAUGAGAAUAUCAUUUUUUUUUUUUUUAUAGCUUUUUUCAUAUAAAUACAUAAAAUAAAUUUUAAUUUAAAAUCAAUUGUUUCUUGUGUUUUGAUACAUAAAUUCUUUAUAAUUACAUCUAGCAAUGGUGUUUUAACUAAAAUCACUAUUAAAUCAAAAUAAUGUAAAACAUCGUACCUGGGACUUUCUGUUAAUUCAAGUACUCUAUAAUGACAUUGAUUACAGAUUACAUGAAAUAACCAAAUUAAAUGUAAUGAAAGAGAUGCAAAUAUGAUAUGAAAUGAAAAUAGUUAGAAAAAUAAAUAUAAUAUUACAUCUUAUCAACCGACUUGGAAACAAGGUGAGUGAUAAAGCUUUCAGAGAUUUUUGGAUCUAAAAAGAAACAUCUAUCAUAGAUGAAUUAAGGGAAUUAUGAAAUAUUUUUAUUUUAUUAUUUGUACCAAUACACUGUGUCCCACCAUGUUUGACUGAUUUUUCUAGCGCUGUUAAUAUUAAAUUUUUUUUUCAAGCGGUUUUUCUUUGGGGGGGGGGGGGAUAUUGAUUUGGAGAAAAAAUUACAGUUUUAAAAUAUUAUUCAUAAAAUUUUAUUGUAUCACAAAUUUAUAUCUGAUAAAUAAUUUCUUAGUUAUAGAUGUUUUAAUUAGGCGUGAAAAAAAUUAAUAUUUAAUAAAAUAACACAUUAUGCGAUAAGAAAUUACAAUCAGCACAGUAAUUCUUUACAUUUUAUUGAAUAUUAAUUGUUUUCAGGCCUAUUUUAUAAAAAUUAAAACAGUUAUGAUUAAGAAACUAUUAAUCAGAUAUGAAUGUAUGAUACAUUAAUAUUUUUUACAAAAUGGCUAUUUUGAAAAUUUUCCAAAGUGAAUAAAUAAAGUUAUUUUUUUUUUUUGUGUGUGUUUAGGGGAUGAAAUAAAAUUUGUAUUAUUCUCCAAAUUGAUGUGUCCCUCGAAUACAAACCGAUUGAAAAAAAAAAUCAAAAAGCAUUUAAUAUUAACAACGCUAGAAAAAUUUGUUAAAUAUGAUGGGACACACUGUAUAGGCCAAUACCGAAAAACCUAGUGAUAUAAUGUGAUAAUCUAUUGAAUAAUGAAGAACAUUAACAGUAAUAAAAGACCCAGUUGAUCUAUAGUUUAUGGGUAGUUAAAAAUGCGGUUUUAUUAGUAAGACUUAGGGGGGAGUUUAGUAUAUAAUUGGAAGAGGAAAAUGGAAUAACAAAGAGAAAAGUAGAUCUAAUAUUACUAGGGGAAUUUUAAAAUCAAUUUUUGAAAGAAAUAUAAGACAGUCGAUUAAAUUUGAUAGAAGUUUAGAAAGAAAUGAUACAAGAUAUAUUUUAUAGGUACUCUAAAAUAUGCCAACAAUUUAAUUUCUACACAAUUUAAUUCUCCUAUUUAAUUUAGUAUGUGUAUGAUAUUAUUUUAACAUAUUUUUGAUAUUUAUAUAUCAAUAAAAUCUAAUAAUUGUACUGUUUGGUAUUUGUGUUUAAAAUUAUAGUCUAUUAUUUAAUAAAACAACAUUGUUUAUAGAAUUUAAUAAGUAUUUUUGUAUAUUACAAUAUUUUAUAAUUUACUUAAUUUUAAAUUAAGUGUUGAAACAUAACAAAAUGCCAAAAGGUAAGCAAAUUUUGGGUACUGUGUACCCAAACAUCUGUGUACUUUUCAUUACUGAUAACAUUAUUAUAAUAAUGAAACACAUAUUAAAUUAAUAAUUUUAAUAUAAAUAAAUUAUCAAUAGAUAUCAUUAAACCAAAUAAAAUUUUUAGAUUCUAAGCAAAGCGAGGUAUGUAUUGAUUUUACAGUGGUUUAUUUUUUUUAUAUGUGAAUAACUUUUCCACCAGAAAUCUUGCUUAAAUUUUUAUGUGGAGUACUUUUUCUGAAAUUAAUGUUAAUUAGAUGGUACUUUGAGGAGGUCAUUUUUUGAUAUUUUCAGAUGGUUUCAUAAUAAAUGGGAAAAUUUAUUAUUUGCAAUUUUUGUUUUUAGAUUCUGAGUGAAGCAAAGAAGCUUAUAGUUAGUUUUACAAUGAUAUUUAUUUAUUUUUUAUAUUAUUUAUGGACAACUUCUCUACCAGUAAUUUUUCUCAGAUUUACAAUGAUCGCACUUUUUAUAAAAGGAAAUCUGACUGAGGAGGUACUUUAGAUGUCAUUUUUUGAUUUUCUUAAGAUUUUUCUCAAUAAAUAGGAAAAACUGGAAGAACAAAAAAUAGGUACAAUAUUUUACAAUAAUAUAGCAUAUAUAUUGUUGAAAAAGCUACACUGACCUCCGCUUAGAAUCAUUUUUACUUUACCAUUUUCCCACCUAUAUAAGUGCUUUUCCCUGUCCUCAUUAUCCUAGGACAGCUCUUUUGUUAUAAUUCAGUAAAAAAAUAUCUGUAGAUUUGAAAUUUGGACAAAAGCUGAUAUUUACCUUUUUUAAAUAUGGUAAAAUUUUCAAAACAUUUUGGUCAUUUUUAGCUAUUUAUAGACAUUUAAAUUUUACGAGUUUUACAUAAUUUUUAUUUGAUAGGUAGGUACUGUGUGAAUAAAAUUUUCAGACCAAACAGAAAUGGUGGUAAAUUUAACAGCAAGUUCUUUGAAAUUCAUUAUAAGUUGUACAUUGUUAACAAAAAAAAUAAUAAUAAUGUAGGUUAUGUAGUAUUUCUUUUAUUAGAAUUUUAAUUUCAAAUUUUGAUGAAAAUCGUAAAUAUUAUAGCCUUUUUAAAAACAUGUAAAACCAAACUUCACUCUAAUCUCUUUUCGUUAGAAAUGAUUAAUUGUUACAUAAAAAUAUACAUUAAAUUCCCCUCAGCUUUAUCAUACACCCACACCCAGUCGAAAUAUAUUGCGUCUUUUUUUGUGUCUUAGCUUUGUCAAUAGCAUCUAUAGCUCUUUUAAAAAUAAAUAAAUAAUUUUUCUAGGCUGUCGAAAUCUGGAACUACAAUGCCUUGAACUACAACAUUUUGAAAAAAAUUCGGCAAAAUCUUAAACCAGCUAAUUUUUAUCCUUCAGAAAAUGAUCUAAUAGGUAUUGCCAUUUCAAGAAUUUACCAUUCAAGAUUUUGACAUAGAUCCAUUAGAAUGACCUGUUAUGAUUACAUUUUUAUGUGUUACAAAAAAUAGGUAUACUGUCCUAGUGAAACAAGCAAUAAAUGCUAAAUUUUUAAAAUCUAGGUUAUUUCACAUUAUAAUUAGAUAAUUUUGUCGUUUUUUAUCUUAGUUAAAGCAUAGUAUGUACAUAUACGUAACAUGUCCUAGAGAAUAAAGCAGUAUGUACAGUGCUUAUUUUAUUAGCUUUUUUAAUUGUUUUAAUGCAUAUUUACCUGGAAAUCUUAGCUAAAAUGGCUUUUGUACACUUUAUAUUUUAUCUUUGAAUGAUCACGGUACUAGUCAGAUACCUUGGUAUUAACUAUAACCAUUAUUUAUUUAUUUAACCCGCCAUGAAUCGCAUCACGGUCUUUUAGACCAUAAGUUUAUUAUUUUACUAAUUACUCAUUGUGAGUAAUUUACUUUAUUUCAUGCACUUUGUUACCUUUAAUGUACAUAUUAAGCUAUUUUUUAAAACUAUUUAGAACAUUUAUUAUUGUUUAUUGAAUUUAUAGCUAUUUUUAAAAUCUAUAACCAGUCAAAAAUACCGUGUGCGACUAAACUCGGUAUCAAUUUUUUUAGGUAUUAUUUUCUUCAUCAUCCAAUUUUUAAUAAAAAAAAAUCUACAAAAACAAUCUAUUCAGUCACUCUUCUCUUAUCUCUUAAAAUAAUUAAUCGAAGGUUGCAAUAUUUUUGUUUAGUUUUAUACGCGUCAUGUUAGUCAUCACACACUUAUGUCGGUAUUUUCAUUAAUUUAUUUUCACUUUAAACUUAAGUAAAAUAGUUUCAUUAAUACCAAAUAUUAUUGGAAAAUAUAGUAAAUAAAUGAAUUAUAAUUUUUGUAAAUCAUUAAUUAAUGUAUUUGUAUAUAAAAUAUUUGAAAAAAUAUAAGAUAUAAAUGAACGGUCAAAAAGACCACAUGUGUUACUAAUAAUGAUGCGACUCAUAGCAGAUUAAAUAGGCUAAGCCAAAGAAAAAAAAAUGUAUUAUGUGUUAAUCAUUCUACUAAUAUUUUGUUAUUAAAUAUUACUUUCAAUAAACACAACAUUUUUAUAAUAUACAAAUUUCUAAAUAAUUUUUUCAUACUUUAGUACAAUAACUCCAUUAUUUUAUUUGAUUUAUUAGCAUGACAUUUUAACAAGUGCAUUGUACUUCAAACUAGAUAAUAGGUUUAAAUUUAAUUUUCAGUUAAUACAGGAGAUGGGAUACUGUGAUACUGUAUUUUGUGAAGGUUUAUUUUGUCAUUAAUACACAAUAAUACUAGAUUAAAAUUCACUAUCUCCUUAAAAAUAUAAAAAAACAAAAAUAAUAAUAUAAAAAAACUUUCAAAAAAUUAAGUAUGCCUAUUACUAAUAAUUUAAAAAAAAAAAAAGUGAUUUAAAUAUUAAUACCAUGGUGAAACACAAAGAAAUUAAAAAACUUAUUUUCCUAACAAUUCAAUUAUUUGAGAUACUGCUUGUUUUACUAGAAGGGCAGUAUACAGGUAUAAUACAAGUUAAGAUCUUUUUUUUUGCUAUCACUAAAAUAAUCCCUCCCAGAAUUCAAUCAAAUCUCUGUCUAUGCAGACUAUAUGUAAAUCAUACCAUCUAUACUAUACAAGUAUUAUAAAUUGCAAAACAUUCCAUUUUAUUCUAUGUAGAAUUUUACAUCUAGAGAGCCUAUACAGGAUGUCUAACAAAAAUAUACCCAUUAUAAUAUCUCCAGAGAUAAUAAAAAUUACCAAAUUCUAUUUUUUUUUUUUUUUUUUAUUACUCAGGGAUGAAGAAUACAAACAUUUAUAUUGCAAUUAAUUUGCUAUGCUUUGAUAAAAAUAACUUUUUAUUUUAUUAUUUUUUCAAGUUUUUCACCAAAACAUAAUUUGUUGUCCUAUAAUAAUAUUAAAAAAAAAAAAAACAGUUAUAUUAUCUUUAUUAUUUUUGAAGAUAUUACAGUGGGUAUAUCUUUGUGGGGCCCUGUGUAAUAAAAUUGUGGACAACUGCUCUUUUAAGUGAUACAUAAAUCACACUAUUUUGUGAUUGUAUAAUUUUUUAUUAGAAUAUAGUAUAUUCUAGGAGUAAACUUAUUGAAGAGAACUAAUAAUAUUAGUAGUAAACAUUUCGUAAAGAAUUAGAAAAAUUGUAAAAUGGCAUCACUCUUGACAAGUAGCCAAUUAAAAACAAUUCCCUAGUAGGCCACCGUCUGAUUAUAUAGACUCACUAAUUAUAUCUAUUAUUUUUUUAUAUGUCGGGAAAUUGUAUUCAUUACGAUUUUAUGGAUUACCAUAAAUUUGCUUUAAAGAAUCUAUAUCAGUUAUUUAAUGGAAUGUAAAAUUUUAAUUUUUUUUUUUUAUUGUAGUAAAUUUGUAUGAAUGUUGUCUCUUAGCUUUUGAAAUUAUUUUUAACUAUUCGUAGUUACUUUAUAAAGCAUUGUUUUGGGUUUUUUUUAAGCAUGUAAUUUAAAUUUGAUGUUAUCUAUUAGUUUUUGCAUGAUUUACUUGUGUUAUUAUCAGAGAAUGACAACGCAUGCCUGGAACAUUGUCCAUUGAUUAAUGAUCAGUCUUCAUGGUACUCGCAACAGACUCUACAUAAUGUGUUGAGAACCCUUCACAGAUAAUCACUUUUAGGUAAGUGUGGUACAAGUUUUUUAGAAAAUGUAAAAUGUUUAUUUAUAAUUUAAUUCUAUGUUUUCAUAUUACAUGCACAUAGAUAGGUAUAAAAUAUAUACUUAGGUAGACUGGGUAUAAAAUAGAAUAGCUAACAUUUUAUUAGUUUUAGAUCCAAAAUGAUUAAGUGCUAUUACAUUGAUUAAUGUAAUACAGUAGAUAGUUAAACCACUAGUUUAGUAAAUACAUUUAGCAGCCAUAAUUUAAAAUUAUGUUAUUAUUAUUAUUACUUUGCCCUCUGUGCUUAAUCUGAUAAUGUCUAACAGCCAACCUGACUAGUCUGCCUUUGUAUUUAUAUAUACAUAUAAAAUAAUGGGUUAAGGUUGAGUUAUUUAUGCUUUAUUUUUGUACACCAUAUUGAGGUGAUGGAAAUAUUGAAAUUUGAAGGAUCCAACAUGCAUAAUGUAUAAUAUGAAAUAUAAUAAAAUAUUAUUAAGAUUGAAAAAGUAAUUAUUUUUUUUUAGGUGACCCAAAUGGAUGGAGGUUAAGUAGAAUCGAAGAAGUUGACCACGAGACACCUGUGUAAAAAAAUAUUUCCUUAUACAAUUCAUAAUCUUGUGAUCUUAGGAUAAGUUAAUGUCUGUUUUCUAUAUGACUCUGACACUUUGGUAUAUAUAUAUUUUUUUUUUACCUGUCAGAUUUGAUUUUUGGCACCUACCGAAUUUAAUAAUCACUGUAGUUUUAUUAAUUAAUUAAUUAAUUGUACUCAUUUUGCUAUUAUUAAUGUUUAAAAAACAAUAUUAAGUGAAAACAUUGAAUGAACUAUACAAAUAUUACUUAUAAACUAGCUUUUAUUUUCUUUGUGUAAUAAUACUAAUUUUGUUUUGUUUCAAAAGUACUGAUAUUUAAAUGUUUUAUGUAAUAAAUAUAUUAAAUGUUGUUUAUUGUUGUUCCAAUAUUAUAAUGUAUUAUUAUGCAUAUUAUGUAAAUGCAUUACUAAAGUGAUAUUUAUAAAAGUUACUAGUCUAUUAUUACAUAAUUUGAAUCGAGUGUCCCAUAACCUAGGACUUUUUGAUUUGGUUAUUACCUCAAAAAAUUCAAUUUACACUUACCAACCCCUUGAACAAAAUAAAAAUAUAUAUUCUAAACACUGGGGCACUCUUUAUGUUGUAUAUAGGUGACUCAUUUAAUGUACUAGACUUAUGGUUUUCAACCUGGGGAUUGCGACCCAAAAAGGGGUCGUGAGUAAUAGGGAGUCGCCAAAAACCUUUAGUAUGGUACAUACUGUACAUUAUAUUAUUCAAGUUCUAUUAAACAAAUUUUGAAUGGGUCGUCUUAAAAAAAAAAAAAAUUGUAGGUCCCCAUUCAUAAAAGGUUAAAAACCAUUGUUCUAGACUGUAGUUGUAUUUUUGUUCAGUGACAUUAAAUGGAUCACCUAAAUUACAUUUAUUAUAAGGAUACCAUUAUAU